ACUGUCAUCCUCAAAAAAUCAACUGUCUUCGAUUUCGUAAAUGAACUAACCUCAAUAUUCAAUUUGUUUACAUUUUCUUUAGAUCAGAAACAAAUAUUGGUUUUUUGUUCUACUUUAGAAGUUCCAAAAUAAUCUUACAAGUUUAUUACAUUUUUUAGAUAGGUACUAGUGUAGAUAUCUCAAUUUGAGACCAUUGCAGUUUUACUGAAACAUCAGACAGAAACAGUGUGUAGGCAAAUAUGACACUCCAACAUUUCUUUUACGGAGCAGUAAAACAUGGCAUUUCCAACUGUCUAAGGAUACAAUCACACAUUAGACCAAGCUACACUGUAUUACACCACAAAUACAGUACUUCUGCCAGAAAAUACACAGAACGACAUGAAUGGGUCACUGUAGAUAAUGAUAUAGGUACUGUUGGCAUUAGUAAAUAUGCUCAAGAAUCUCUAGGUGAUGUGGUCUUCGCCCAAUUACCGGAUGCGGGCACAGUAUUGAUAGCUGACGAAGAAUGUGGUGCAUUAGAAAGUGUUAAGGCUGCCAGCGAAAUAUAUUCUCCAGUCACAGGUACAGUGACUGAGAGAAAUAAGGAGGUUGAGAAAAAACCUGCACUUAUUAAUACUUCAUGUUAUGAAAACGGCUGGCUAUUUAAAUUGAGGUUAUCAGACAUGAAAGAGGUUGAUAAACUUAUGACGGAAGAAGAAUAUGAAACAUAUCUGAAGACGGAUGUAGAAAAAGAGACUGAUUCUUAAAUGUUUAUUGCUUUUAAUUUGUUUCUGUUAUGUUUGUUAAUAGUUUUUGUUGUUAAUGAAUGCUAAUGGAAAAUUAUUUUCCACAAAUUAGGAAAUGGAAACUAGUUUCUUUGACUCAAAAUAGUUUAUGUUGUCAUUUGAGAUGAGAGUAUAUUUUUAAGAGAGGAAUAACUUGUUGAGUUUCUUUGUAAGUGAAGAAGUCAUAGCCUCUGCAGAAGACAAGAAGUGAAGAGUAAGAAUAGUUUUAUUAAAUGUGAAUAUAAAUAUUUAUGACAAAUA